CGCAAACCGUUUCCAGUCAUUGUGUUUUACGCUGUGGUGUGUGGAUGUCCUACGUUUUCCGAUCCAUUAUUUAGCAUUUUCAGCGGAAUAAGCUAUCUCCUGGCCCAAAAACCGAAGUCGAAUUAAACAUGUACUCCGUAAGUGCAGACAGGAGCCCUGCUACCUUCAGAGGAGAAUCCAUUCGGUUGAGCUUCUUUGGGAGAGUGCUCACCGUCUUGGCCCCGCAGCUCCUGGUCACCUUUGGACUGGCGGCCAUGUUCGUGCGGGUGUCCUCGUUCAGCGCCUACGCCCACAGGAACCCAGGGACAUUCGGGUUCUCCUUAAGCGUGAUGUGCGCCAUGAUGCUCGCCCUCGUCUUCUGUUGCAACCUGAGGAAGAAGUCGCCGGAUAAGUACAUAAUGCUGCUCGUGGUCGCCAUCUGCGAGGCCUACAUGCUCGGGGACAUGAGCUCUUGCAAGGAGGACGUUGACAUGGCCAUUGUGGUCACGAUGACGGUGAUGCUGCUUCUCUCUGUCUUCGCUUUCUGGAUCAAGUACGACUUCUCAGUGCUGGUGGUCUUUGUCGUCGUCAGAGUGGCCGUCCCCGUGCUAUUCUUCGGCUCGGUAGCCAUUUGGUCCAACGCGAUCGUCAACAUGAAGUACAUUUCCCUGUGGCUCGUUCUCUUCAGCUUCUGCGUGGUGAUCGAUAUCCAGCGCAUCAUAGGAAGGAACCAUAUACUCUCCCUCUCCCCGGAUGAGUUGUCCGUGGCCCUCCACUUGCACCUCGACACCAUCCAUGUCUUUAUGUACAUACUCGCGAUCAUUGGAGGACAAAGACGCUAAGGGUCUGAUGGAAGGUAGAUGAAAGGAAGAGAAAGGUGGGAGGGCAAUGAGGAAGGGGUUAGUGACUCUUGGAAUAGUUAGAUUGUCGAAUGUUGUUUUCUUUAAUGAAUUGCUGUGCGUUAUUUUGAUUUAAGGAUGUUAUUUAUGAGGGACAUUCUUUGAAAAAAGGAAUAAAGCGGAAGUCAGCCAUUUAAUUCAUGACGAGAGUUUG